AUGAAAGUGAAAGUUAAAAAGCCAGUUAAGACUGUACAACCCAGUCCAGGCAUCACAUCUCCGGUGAAGAGGAGCGUGUAAUGUAAAGAAACAUGGCCUCCAGUGGAAUCAUUGUAUUCAUUUUCCCUGUCCUCUGCAUCUGUGCAGUUAAGAGUGGAUUUAUAAAAGUGGAAUGCAAAGCUGAAAAUGUGGGACACUAUGGCCAACAGUCACUGCUGGAGUGUGUCGUCAAAACAUCAUCAGACGUAACUGAUCCAAAUAUUCGUAUGGUUGCUUGGAAAAAACUGACCUCUCCAGAAGACGAAGGUGAUCUCGUGUUGGGUUUUAAUAGAGGGAAAUUGGACCAGCCAAAGCGAGGCUACAGGUUUGCUGAACCAUCAUGGAAAGAGAAGAACAUGAAUGUAUCUCUGCUCAUCACCAACACUACAGUGGCAGACGAAGGAGAUUACAAGUGCAUAGUGAUCACAGACAGUGGUGAUGACAGCAUGGUCACUAACCUUAAAGUCCAAGCCAAAUACAGUAUCUCGACUCUAUACUCCAUCCCCCAGAAAAUUGUCCCAAAUAAAGACAGUACCCUGGUCUGUGAGUCUCGUGGAGGCUACCCACAGGGAACAAUUCGCUGGUUUGAUGAAGAGAAACAUGAGUGGACAAAAAGCGCUAAAAUGGAGGCAAAACAGUCAGACGAUGGUUUGUUUCAACUCACAAGCAGACUGUCUUUGUUGGGAGGAUCCACUUUCUCAAAGUACAUCUGCGCUGUGUUCAAUGCCAGUGGAGGCAAAGAGGAUGAGAAAACAUUUGAUACCAACAUACCACCAUCAGCCAGAGAAUCUCCAGGUAUAGUUUAUGACACACCACACAUGAUAGUUGUUAUGCCUGCUGGCACCAUCUUACUGCUCACAAUACUGUUUAGUAAUUUCAGCCAAAGUGGAAUCAGAGAGAAUUUAAAUCUGAACCAGCCCGACCCCCCCACCCCACCCCCAAAAGUGUAUAUGCAAUUUAUGUAA